AUGGCAGAAGCAACCAAGUGGUAUGCAGUUGUGACAGGAGCAAACAAAGGAAUUGGAUUUGAGAUAUGCAAGCAAUUAGCUUCUAAAGGAAUCACAGUGAUUGUAACAGCAAGAGAUGAGAGAAGGGGUAUUGAAGCUCUUGAUAAACUCAAGCAACACAUUGAUCUUAAUCUCUCUCAUAAUAACAAUGUGCUUUUCCAUCAACUUGAUGUUACUGACCCUAAUAGUAUAGCAUCUCUUGAAAAUUUCAUCAGAACCCACUUUGGAAAACUUGAUAUCUUGGUGAAUAAUGCAGGACUACUAACUGAGAAGGAGGAAUUAACUGAAGCAUGUAUUAAAACAAAUUACUAUGGAGCUAAAGGAUUAACCAAAGCACUUAUUCCUCUUCUCCAAUUUUCUAGCUCACCAAAAAUUGUCAAUGUUUCCUCAUCCAUGGGAAGGCUAGAGAACAUUCCAAAUGGAUGGCCUAAAGAAGUACUAAGUGAUGUUGAAAACCUUACAGAAGAAAAAAUUGACCAAGUUUUGAAUGAGUUUCUCAAGGAUUUUAAAGAAGGUUCAUUAGAAUCCAAAGGUUGGCCUCUUAAUGUGAGUGCAUAUUCUGUCUCAAAAGUUGCUCUAAGUGCCUACACAAGAAUUUUGGCCAAAAAAUAUCCAUCAAUCUGCAUCAAUGCUAUUUGUCCUGGCUAUAUCAAAACAGAUAUAAAUGAUCAUACAGGUUCUCUAACACCAUAUGAAGGUGCUGAACCAAUUGUUAGGUUGGCAUUGUUAAAUGAUGGUAGUCCUUCUGGCCUCUUUUUCUUUAGAUAUGAAGAUAAACCAUAUUGA